AGCUGUCUCGGGCUCUGGGCUGACUGAAGAACAGCUGGUAACUAGGCCAGCCCUCUAUCAGGCACCCGGGCCAAAGCAGCAUGGUGCGCCUUCGGAGGAGACGGCUCUGGGCAUCUUGCCUGUGCAUCACAGCUACUAUCUUUCUGCUUGUCACCCUCCAGGUAGUGAUCGAGCUGGGAAAAUUUGAAAGGAAGAAGUAUAAACACUCCAAUUUGCGAUAUGGACAUUCGAAGGAAGAGGCUACACAUCUCUAUUCACUUCGUAAGAAAGAAGCACUGACCCUGUAUAGGAAAAACAAAAUAGAAACUGAUGGCUAUCCUAUUAUGGUCUGGUGGUCCCCACUGACUGGGGAAACUGGGAGGCUUGGGCAGUGCGGGACAGAUGCUUGUUUCUUCACCAUUAACAGGACCUACCUCCACCAUCACAUGACCAAAGCAUUCCUCUUCUAUGGUACUGACUUCAACAUCGACAGCUUACCUCUCCCUCGGAAAGCCUAUCAUGACUGGGCCCUUUUUCAUGAAGAGUCUCCAAAAAACAAUUACAAGCUCUUUCACAAGCCUGUCAUCACCUUGUUCAACUACACGGCCACGUUCAGCCGGCAUUCCCAUUUGCCGUUAACCACCCAAUACUUGGAGGGCAUAGAAGUCUUAAAGUCACUCCGAUACUUGGUCCCUUUGCAGUCCAAAAACAAUCUCAGAAAAAGACUUGCCCCACUCGUGUAUGUACAGUCAGACUGUGACCCGCCAUCAGAUAGGGACAGCUAUGUUCGAGAGCUGAUGAUGUACAUUGAGGUUGAUUCUUAUGGGGAGUGUUUACAAAACAAAAAUCUCCCUCAGUCAUUGAAAAAUCCAGCAUCAAUGGAUUCUGAUGGCUUUUAUAGGAUCAUUGCACAGUAUAAAUUUAUCUUGGCUUUUGAGAAUGCGGUGUGUGAUGACUACAUCACUGAGAAGUUCUGGAGACCUCUGAAACUGGGAGUGGUCCCUGUCUAUUAUGGAUCCCCCAGUAUCACGGACUGGCUUCCAAGUAAUAGAAGUGCUAUUCUCGUAUCAGAAUUUUCUCACCCUAGAGAACUGGCAAGUUACAUCAAACAACUGGAUUAUGAUGAUAGAUUGUACGAGGCCUACAUAGCAUGGAAACUGAAGGGUGACAUCUCUAACCAGCGACUUCUCACAGCUCUCAGAGAACGGAAAUGGGGGGUACAAGACAUCAGCCAGGACAAUUACAUCGAUGCAUUUGAGUGUAUGGUGUGCAGGAAGGUGUGGGAUAAUAUUAGGCUUCAGGAAAAGGGCUUACCACCCAAAAGAUGGAAGGCAGAGGCUACCCACCUGAGUUGCCCGGAGCCUACUGUGUUUGCUUUCUCACCUUCGGCUCCACGUUGGAGCUCUUUGCGAGAGAUGUGGAUACCAAGCUUCCAGCAAUCCAAGAAAGAAGCCCAGGCACUAAGAUGGCUGGUUGAUAGGAAUCAAAACUUUUCAGCUCAAGACUUUUGGACCCUCGUAUUCAAGGACUGAUUUUAAAAAAGUAUUAGAAUGAUAACAUUUAGCAUCUUCUUAAGGUUUAUUUUCUAGGUUGCCUUAAUAUCUGAAUAUAAUAGCUAUUCUCUUGACUAUCCUUUAGGGUAAGAAUGUAUUGCUACAGUACUCAUAAUGAGCCCUAUCACAUGUCAUUAUAUAUAUGAAUUACCCUUAGGGGUUACCUCUAUUUUUUAUACUAAAAAAAUAAGUAAAUAUUUCCAGUGGACAUUGGUUACCUGCAGUUUACACAUGGUCCCACGUACCUACUGCCUUUUGUGGAAAUUCACCAAAUGCAGGUUGAAUGUUUAACUGCUUUGAGGGAGACAGACGAUUAGUAGCAGAUUCUUGAUACUCAAAUCACUAUCUGCAGUUUUGGUAUUUGGCAAACCCAUCACAAACAUGAAAUGCAUUAGAACUUGGCAAUAAAAGAUUCCAUCUGUUGGUUCCCAGGGAUAUAAGUGAGUAAUAAAAGCUGUGAGAGGGAUCCACUACAUACUCUCCCAGUCAAAAGAACAUAUGCGUUUCCAACUUUGACUCCACAUUCAGACAUCUCUCUGACCUUUCCUAUUUUCGUCUUACCUUAUCCUCUACCCUAGUUUGUCCCCAAAAGAGGAAUGACUAGUGAAGGGACACUUCCCUCUUGUGUGAUUUGAUUACUGAGAGUUGCCAGCUGACCCUUACACUGCUGAGCAGAAUAAUAACAAGAAUCAUGACUGGGGCUAGACAACCUGAGGUUUGAAGAUUAUGAGAGUGGAGGUGCUGAAGCUGAUUGUUCUGUUAUUAUUAUUUUUUUUAAUGCAUAUAGAACUGGGGUA